CUUCGAUUUUCGAAGCGGCCUUGAUGUUGCUGGAACCGGCUUACAGGACUUAUAAACACCUAAGGACCACUAGGCCGACGUCCGAAGGCGAGGAACAUCACGACGAUGACGAGGAGGGCCGAAAGCUGUUCACGCACUGGGUCGUGUACGCCGCCGUCCGAAUAGUUGACUGCGCGCUCUGUCCCUGGAUGCCUCUGUUCGGAUUGGCUAAAAUCGCGGGGAUCGUGUGGCUGCGUGCCGGCGGCAUCCAGAAGUGUUAUCAGGCGUUUGUCGGGCCGUUUUUAGACGACAAUCAGCUGGCCAUCGAUGACCUGUUGGAACGGUAUGACCAGGCCAAGAACUCGAUGGUCAACGCGACCUCGGCUCUGACAUCGGCCGCAACCGACAUGGCCGCUGGUGCGGUCGCCGGUGUCACUGUUCCCGCUCCGCAGUCACUCCCGCGGAUCACCGUGCAACUGUCGCCACCGCGGACACCCGUGUCGGUGUCGUUACCGCGGACACCCGUGUCGGUGUCGUUACCGCGGACACCCGUGUCGGCGUCGUCACUACGGACGCUCGUGUCGUCGUCGCCACCGCUGACGCCCGAGGAAGGCAUGCGCGUCACCUGA